AUGUUCCUUAUGGUGUUGUCAGCAAACAGCCUCCUCCUCUAUCUUAUACAAGUGGACUCUGGCCUUCAAUCCCCGAUGUAUUUUUUUCUUAGUCAAUUGUCUUUCAUGGAUAUUUGUCAAACAUUUGCAAUUGGUCCCAAAAUGACAACUGGCUUUUUCAUAAAGAAGAAUGUUAUUUCUUUGUCUGGAUGUUCAGCCCAGAUAUUUUUCACACUGACAAUGGGUGUAGGUGAAUGCCUUCUCCUUGCCGCAAUGUCAUAUGAUAGAUACGUAGCUAUAUGCAAACCCUUGCAAUAUCCUGUCCUCAUGAGAAGGAACAUCUGCAUCAUUUUAACAGUAGCAGUUUGGUUUGGUGCUUUUGUGCAUGCGCUGGUGCCCAGUGUUUAUGUGCUGCCACUGUACUAUUGUGGGUCAAAUGUUAUUCAUCAUAUCUUCUGUGACCUCACAUCAAUGCUGAAGUUGUCUUGUUCUGAUACAUCUCACUUUGAAAGGAGCAUGAUUUUCAGCGGGAUUAUUUUGCUUGUCAUCCCUUCCUCUGUCAUCUUAGCCUCCUACAUUUGCAUUCUUGCCACAGUCCUGAGGGUAAACUUAGCUGAAAGGAGUCACAAGGCACUCAGCACUUGCUUGUCUCACUUGAGUGUGGUGGGACUCUUCUAUGGAGCAGCCAUGUUCAAGUACCUGAGACCCAUAUCCUACCAAACACCACUGCAAAAUGAUAUGGUUUCACUAUUUUGUACUAUUGUCACUCCCAUGUUGAACCCACUCCUCUACAGCAUCAGGAACAGGGAUGUGCUAGCUGCACUGAAAAAAUUGUUCAGGAAAAAAAUUACAUAA